ACAGUAGCAUUCUCGUCUGUAAGAGUGCUAUCACAUAAGACACCAACAAUGGGCAAGGACAAGAGAGGAAUCUACAGAUGGGACUGCAGAAACUGUGGAGACUGUACAGAGUUCCAGCCAAGCUCCCGAGGUCAAAGAUGUGAUUACUGUGACUGUGCUCCUACCCACCACAGCAAAGACCAGAGUACUCCUGUGCAAGCCCCCGAGUCAACAAGAACUCAUCCUAUACUACAAGAAAGGAGCGGCUCUAGCAGAGCUCAGGAUGCCAUACAACAGCAUAAUGUCAGCAGAGGCCAUCCCUGGCAGCCAGAUUACGAGGAAAGAAGUAAUGAAGAAUACAUGUACCACCAGAAUUCACCGACGGACAGGCGAUCAAGUGGAUAUGAUUCACCUGGUGCACAAUACUUCUCGAAUCCAACACAACCACCUGCCAACCAUAUUCCUUUUGCACCAAGAAAUGAGCCUUGCUACUACCGAGAGCAGCCAAGAGAGGCUUAUUACGGUUACCAGCCAAGAGAUGCUGUCUACACCGGUCAGCAUCAGCAACAGGGUCCUGCUGACAGAACAGAUCAGCCAUUCCGACAAGUUGCUGGUAACCCUCAGAUGUACUACUUUCCUGGGGUUAGGGAUCCUCCUUACCACCAUCAGGCUGAGGCCUAGAACACAUUUCAUCCACCUCACACAAGGGGCUCAGAUGAGUUGGAAAUCGGGCCAUCAAAGAUAGACUGUUAUGCAGCGAUGAUGCAAGAACGUCUCAGAAAUCUCGAGGAGGAGCAUUCCAAUCUCAAGAAUGAAUUGGAAAAUUUGUUUGUUUCGACUGUACCUGGGUUGGACAUGCAGCUUGACACCCAAUCCCCUGUGUCAACCAAUCAGGCGGCAGGUUACAUCAUGGGUAAAUCACCGGGCUGGGGGCAGCCGUUCAAAAAUAACAACGACCACCCCUCUCCAAUGAAAAUAAGUCAGACAGCUUCUGAGUUAGGUUCCGUGUCAGACAAAAACGUGGUUGACCAGACUGUUGACACGUCAAGGGCACGUCAAGAUGACACCAGUGUGGAAUCACCAGUAGUCAACAGCUCUGAACAGCCCUCCACUGCAGAGGCCAAUGCUGCUGAAGAUGCUCAAACAGAAGCUACCCCCACUGGCUUACUGACAAUUGAAAAAGAUAGUCCUCCAAAUGUUUCUGCUGGUUCAAGAAACCCUGCUCAAGUCAAACGGAGAGCACCCUCACAGAAAACUGUUCCUACUCAAGUGACAAGCAACGGCUCGUCAGAUUCAAGUAAGAGUUCAAGGAUGGUGACCGAGAUUGGUAAGCCUGGUCCCAUCUCAGAAAGAGACAUGCAGAAAAGUCAAGCCAAGUCAAAUAUCCCAGCUGGGAGUGAAAGUCCGGACAACCCUGCAGGACUAGCCCCUUCAGUCUCCUUGCCAACACCUGCUGUGAAACAGGUGUUGGAGGCCAAGGUAAAGCAGCCUAUCUUAAAGCUGGAACAGAAUCAUCCCACAUUCAAUACAAAAAUCCAUGGCAACAAUAUUUGCAUUGAGCAGGAGGGCAUGACUGCUCACAGUACCAACAGCUUGUGCAGUGGCAUCUGUUUUAGCAGAUACCCCAUCAAAUUUGGGCAGCAGAUUCAUCUGAUGAUCACUGAAACCAAGAAAUUCACAGGAUCAUUGAGAAUCGGCUUCACCUUCACUGACCCGGAGUCAAUAGAUGCUGAGUCUCUACCAUCACACUCCUACCCAGACCUGGCUCAGAAGCCUGGGUUUUGGAUAAAGCCUCUUCACGACAGGUUUGCACAGCAGGGAAAUGUGGUGACGUACAAGGUCGACUCAUCGGGAGAUGUCUUCUACUCCAUCAACGCAAAAGAUAGGGGGUUGUUCUUCAGCGGGGUGGAUGUGUCCGGCCGUAUCUGGGCAGCAGUAGAUGUCUAUGGAAGCACCAUUGCUGUAAAGUAUGUAGAUGAGGAGGCUGCAUGUGACAAAGGUAACAGGACCAUUCAGGAGGGUGAUGUUGUGAGGCUGGAGGUAGACAGUGUGGAAACCCUCAAGUGGCUGCAGGAAGGACAUGGUGGCUUAGGAGACUUGGCAGAAUUCAUCCAGCAGGAUGGAGUGGUUAUCCGACUUGAUGACGAAGAAGAUGUGAUUGUGCGGUUCAACAGCCACAAGAAGUUGUGGUGUGUUAACCCAGCAGCUCUGCAGAAGGUGGGUACCACUGAUCCUGAUGCCUCCAUCAUCAUGGAAGGGGACUUGGUGACAGAGAGAUCUAUGGCUGGUAAUGAGAGCAUUUACAACACUGGGCGAGUGAGGAAAAUCACUGUAAGUGGUGACAUCUGCGUCAGGAAUAUUACAGGAAAGACAGCGGAAUUCACUACAGAUUUUCUAAGGAAGGUGAAGAGGGCACCAGGAGAAGCUUGUGAAAAAGGCCUCCACUACUGGAAACGUGGUGUAGCUAAAGUGUGCACAGAUUGUGGCCAGUGCACAGACAAGGGAGCCAGCUGUAACUUAAAAGCGAGUCCUCUUCGUUCUCCUGGCAGCCCCUGUGGAUGUGGGAACAGAGAGGAAGGAUGUGCAGACUGUGGACUGUGUCGUACUUGUGCAGGAGAGCCUGCUGAGGAAAAGGAGACUGAGGAGGGGGAGCUUGGGAAGCUGUUACGUGCAUUGUAUAAGAGGCAUGGUGUUGGAGAAGAAGAGGAAGAUGACACUGCCCAUGGCAUGACAAAAGGAGACAAAGUGAUGGUUGACAUAGAUGCUGACACCUUCCGCAUGCUGCAAGAGGAAAGCAGGCUGCAUUGGAAUGAGGAAAUGCGGAAGGUGAUUGGUGUUGAAGGGACUGUUGUACAAUCCACUAAAAACAGUGUGACUGUCCAGUAUCCUAGCGGUGUAAGGUGGUCGUUGGUCCCAGGAUGUCUUAAAAGAACCUCACCUGGACAGCAAGAAGGCAGAGCAUGGAUAAAGAAAGGUGAACUCGUGAGGGUGCUCAAAGACGAGAGAAAAGUCAUGAGGCUUCAAGAAGGACAUGGUGGCUACAAGCAUGACAUGCAGGCGUCCCUUGGAAAGACAGGAUGUGUGCUGAAAGUAAAGAAGAAAACAGUUAAGGUGGAAGUCAACUACAAGAGCUGGUGGUUUAAUGCUGAAGCACUCACACCUGCAUUGCAAGGUUGGUUCACAUUAUGA